GGUGAAGUGAUGGAAUCUGUAGAACGGAGGAGAGAAUCAAUGUCGAAGUCCGGCGAGCCCCAUGAUUUCACGGCGAAAAUUCAGCAGGUUGAUCGUUAUCUGAAGCGUCAAAUUCUCGGUGAAGGCACAUAUGGUGUUGUUUACAAGGCCAUCGACACAAAGACAGGGAAGACUGUCGCAAUUAAGAAGAUUAGGUUAGGAAAUCAAAAGGAAGGGAUUAAUUUCACGGCGCUUAGGGAAAUUAAGCUGCUCAAGGAGCUGAGUCACCCUCAUAUUGUCGAACUCAUUGAUGCAUUUCCUCACAAGGGAAGUUUGCACCUUGUUUUCGAGUAUAUGCAGACGGAUUUGGAAGCAGUGAUUCGUGAUCGUAAUAUUUUCCUCUCCCCAUCAGAUAUAAAAUCCUAUAUGUCGAUGACGUUGAAGGGUCUUGCUUAUUGUCACAAGAAAUGGGUCCUGCACAGGGAUAUGAAGCCUAACAAUUUAUUGAUUGGAGAAAAUGGUUUGUUGAAACUAGCUGAUUUUGGGUUGGCUCGGUUGUUCGGGAGUCCAGAUCGGAGAUUCACUCAUCAGGUAUUUGCUAGAUGGUACAGAGCGCCUGAACUGCUGUUUGGAAGCAGACAGUAUGGACCGGGAGUUGAUGUCUGGGCUGCAGGCUGCAUAUUCGCUGAGCUACUCCUUCGUAGACCAUUCCUACCGGGUAAUACCGACAUCGAUCAAUUAGGAAAGAUCUUUCAAGCGUUUGGAACUCCAACACCUUCACAUUGGCCUGACAUGAUCUAUCUCCCAGACUACAUUGAAUUCUCCUAUUCGCCUGCUCCACCUUUGCGUUCCUUGUUCCCUAUGGCAAGCGAUGAUGCCUUGGAUCUUCUAGCGAAAAUGUUCACUUAUGAUCCAAGACAAAGGAUCUCAAUACAACAAGCUCUUGACCACAGGUACUUCUCGAAUUCACCAUCACCGACAGAGCCAUCGAAGCUUCAGAUUCCAGCUUCAAAAGGAGACGCCUUUGAUUCAAAAGGGUUUGAUCAAAAUCCACAGGGGAGUAGUCCUGCAGUAUUGUCACCUCCUGGGAAAAUGAGAAGAGUGAUGGGUCCUGAGGGCUUAGCCUGAAAAAUCCCCAAAAAAAAAAGACAAGUAACAUUGCAAAUUUCAUGUUACUUCCCCAACAUGAUAGAGUGUGAGUUUAUUAACCCUUUUUUUAAAAUUACUUGAGGAUAAGCUUUAGAUGGACUGUUGUGUACAUUGAUAUAGUGUUCUUCUUUUUUCACAAUUACACAUGCUAUUUAUUCAA